AUGCGAGUCAUAAUACAGUCCUACAACGAUGUUGCCGCCGUGCGUGAGAUCGGCGCCAUGUGCAAUGGGGCCGCCUCUGUCGUUGUUGUCGAACACGGCGACGCGCGACACGAAUUCCCCACGCUGAUGCGACCGAACCUGGGGCGUGACUACGGCGCGUUCGUGUAUUACAUCGUCCAAGCAUACGACGAGCUCGAGGGCUCCUACGUGUUCACGUCCGCCAACCUCGACAAGCACGACCGGCGGAAGCGCCUGCGCGAGCGCCUACGCCCGGACUACGCGCCGGCGCCCCUUGCGAGUCGCCCGCGGCGGUCCGGCACCGUCGACGCCACGUUCGAGUGCUCCUUCUACCAGACGCGGCGGGGUCGACGGUCCUUGGCCCCCGCGGCGCCACGCCCCUUCGGGAAGUGGUUCGAGGCCCAUGUGGGGUCGAUGCACAGCUUCUACCAGUCGGGCGAGUACGCGAACGGGCUCGUGGUCACGGACGCGCGCAAGCUCCGGUCGCGGCCCCGGCGCUUCUGGGAAGGGCUCCUCGCCCAGCUCUCGACGGACAACGCUCCCGAGGCCGGCCACUACGUCGAGAAGGCCUCGACCUACCUCUUCCACCCCUCGCGCGCCCAGUAA